CUCUGAUGACGUCCUUCUUCUUCGCCGUUCACAACACGUGUACGGCUUACUGUUUCGAGCUGAAGGAAGUAGUGGCGGUUUAACUUCAGCUUUGUGACCUCUUUUUGUGGGCUUUGCUCGUUUUUUCGUGCGUGUAGGGCUUCGUCGACUAAGCCGUCAAAAUGGUGAAGCCUCAGUUUAAGGGGAAAGGCUCCAUAAACCCCUCGGCAUCCAGCAGCAAUCCCGAUCGAACCAAAGGUGCUGGUGGGAACAACAUGAGGGACCGAGCAACUAUCAAGCGUCUGAAUAUGUACAGACAGAAGCAGAGAUGUAACAACCGUGGAAAAAUCAUCAAGCCUUUGCAGUACCAGUCCACGGUGGCUCCGGGAACCGUAGCUAGAGUUGAACCUAACAUCAAAUGGUUUGUAAAUACCCGUGUGAUUAAGCAGUCGUCUCUCCAGAAGUUCCAAGAAGAAAUGGAAGCUGUGAAGAAGGAUCCAUAUCGUGUGGUGAUGCGACAAAGCAAAGUCCCUAUGUCUCUAUUGCAUGAUAGAGUCAAAGCCCAUAACUCAAAGGUGCACAUUCUUGAUACAGAGGCUUUUGAGACCACAUUUGGACCCAAGGCUCAGCGUAAAAGGCCCAGUCUCAUGGUGGGGGAUGUUAAAGACCUUGUCGAGCAGGCUGAGGCCUCUGCUUUGAGCUACAAUGCAAACAAUGACAAAGACCUGGUGAUGGAGGACACAGGGGUCCGGGAGGAGGCACGUGAAGAAAUCUUCAAGAAGGGUCAGUCAAAGAGGAUUUGGGGGGAACUUUACAAGGUCAUUGACUCAUCUGAUGUUAUCAUCCAAGUGCUCGAUGCCCGGGACCCCAUGGGAACACGCUCCCAGAGCAUAGAGACAUAUCUGAAAAAAGAGAAGCCUUGGAAACAUCUAAUCUUUGUGCUAAACAAAUGUGACCUUAUACCUACUUGGGUCACGAAACGGUGGGUUGCCGUUCUGUCCCAGGAGUACCCCACGCUGGCUUUCCAUGCAAGCCUCACCAACUCAUUUGGUAAAGGUUCACUCAUCCAGCUGCUCAGGCAGUUUGGCAAGCUUCACACAGACAAAAAGCAGAUAAGCGUGGGUUUCAUUGGCUACCCUAAUGUGGGAAAGAGCUCUGUCAUCAACACGCUGCGGUCUAAGAAGGUCUGCAAUGUGGCUCCGAUUGCUGGAGAAACAAAGGUGUGGCAGUACAUCACUCUGAUGAGACGAAUCUUCCUCAUCGACUGCCCUGGCGUUGUGUACCCUUCAGAAGAUAGUGAGUCUGAUAUUGUCUUAAAAGGAGUGGUUCAAGUGGAGAAGAUCAAGAACCCAGAGGAACACAUUGGAGCAGUACUGGAAAGGGCCAAACCAGAAUACAUUCAGAAGACCUACCGCAUCCCUACUUGGAACUCCCCUGAGGACUUCCUGGAGAAGCUGGCAUAUCGCACCGGGAAACUUUUAAAGGGUGGUGAGCCAGAUCUCUCCACAGUUUCUAAAAUGGUGUUAAAUGAUUGGCAGCGAGGGCGUAUUCCAUUUUUUGUGAAACCACCUGGACCUGAAGGUGAUGAACAGGAAAGGGAGUCAUUACCAGUUGAACCCCCCUCAGAGUUGGUGGAGAAUGUGCAGGAGGAACAACUCAACAACCCAGAAGAGCAGCAGCAGAUGCAAAAGGCGCAAAUCAAGAAGAUUCUCCCUAAUGUGCGACAAAACUUUGGCAAGAUCAAUGUGGCACCGGAGUUCAGUGAGGAAGACUUGGUUCAUGUGGAGAUGCCUGACUUAGACAUGUCUGAUAUCUCUGGCUCUGAUAAUGACAACAGUAGUGAGGACGAAGAGGAGGAUAUAGAAGAAGAGAAGAAAAGUGUUGCUGAUGGAGACACUGAGGCCUCUGAGACCACAGCAGCUCAGAGGAGCAAAGCAAACGAUGGCAAGAGUUCGCGUGAGGUGAUCCGUGAGCUGGAUGAGAAGAUUGCUAAGUACAAGCAGUUCCUGGACCGAGCCAAAUCCAAACACUUCUCUGCAAUACGGAUACCCAAGGCACUCUCUGACAAGGCAUUUGCUAACAUCAAGGCUAAACAAACAGCAGCAGCAGAAAAGCAGGCACAAAUGAAAGUUAUGAACCAAAAAGGCAAGAAGGGGAAAGCCAAAGGCGAUGAGGAAUUCAGUCGGUCGCCCAAGCUGACCUCUAAACAGAGAAGAGCAAUGGACCGUGCUCAGAAGACCAAGAAAGUUGGCGUACGCUAUUAUGAUACACACAAUGUGAAGAACAAGAACAAGAACAAACAGACGCCAUCGAACGCAGAGGGCCAAAAAGCCAAAAGAUCAAAACGCUAAGGUCAUAAAAUACUAAUUAUGUAAUAAUCCUUUAUUUAAAUUAAGGUGAAACUGGCUGUUUUUAAUUGCAACUAGUUUGGAACGAGUUGAUUUCUAUAACAGGGGGAUGCAUUUUCAACUUUAAUCUCUCCCCGAAAUGGCCUCUUGCCGUUCAAGAGAAUUGUACAGUAGUUAUAUGAACUGUGCUUUUCCUCUAAUGCUAAAAAAAUAAAUACUUGGAAAUUAAACCCAGUUUAUUUUACAUUAAUUUAUGUCAUGAGAAAAAGGACAAAAUUGUUCCGUACUGGUUUUGCUUUGAAGGCUACUUCUUUGGCACAAUCAUCAGUUCCAGUUGGGUCUGAAAAGAAAGAGACAUGAUUAAAACAAAAGAUCACUCAA